AUGCUCCGAUCCAGCCCAUCUAGUAGGGGCAAUAGUAAUGUAAGGUCUCGCCCCUCAACUCCUGCCGGUGCCUCUCGAAAUAUCGACAGCAAUAACAACGAUAAUAAAGAAGAAGUCGAAUAUGACUCCAAAUCAGGAGAUAAUAAAAUCAACUACAAUCAAAGCCAUGAUACUUCGUCUCCCGAGAGAAGCUGGACCCAACCAUCACAUAGUGAUGGAUUGAUCCCAAAGGGCUACUCUAUGGCCGUCUUGCACGAAUCUAGAGAUGAGAUGGAGGACGAAGAGUUCCACAACCAACAUGGACACCACCACCAGCCGUUUUCGUCUUCCACCCGUGCAAUUCCAGGACGUGCCACACGACAACGGCGGCGAAGAAAAAGAGCCAGUCACAACAACAACAACAGCAACAGUAUUUGGUCCAAUUUCUUGUUAUUUUUAUUCGAAGGCAAGCUUGGAAAAUCGACAUGGCAAUUAUUAUUCCAUAAUACUACGACCGUGAUGAAAGAAAACAAGCUCUCAGGUUCGAAUCUUUCAACCCUAGUGGUGGCUGUGGCCUUGUGGUAUUCGCUGGGUAUCAUUAGUAUUUCCACUUCCAAAUUAUUGUUGUCGGCACCAUCGGAUCCGAUGGGAGACCAAUCGGCCUACUACCUGCAUAUCGGAGGAGUGGCACCCAUCAUUCUGACGUUUCAACAAUUGCUUUUGGGGAGUCUCUUUUUGCGAUUCUUGCUCAGCAUUCGAUGUCUCCAGAGUCCAGGGGUCCAACCGUUGACUAGUCUUUGCGACACUUCUUCGUCACCGUCAUUGCCGUCCAAUUCCUCAAUAUUCCAAACAUAUUUGCAAAUGCUCCAACACCCAGAUGCCCGAUAUCUCUGCUUUGCCGGCUUUUGCUUUAGCCUGGGAUUCUACUGCACCAAUCUUGGUUUUCAGGCUGCCUCGGCGGCCUUUGUCGAAACCAUCAAGGCAUCGGAACCCAUCACCAGUGCUGUACUCGCGGUUGCUUGGGGAUUGGAACUUUUGAAUCGCAAAGAGGUGACGAGUCUCGCCUUGAUUGUAUGUGGUGUCGUGCUUUCGACACUUGGGAACUCUCCAAGCAGCACAACGACUGAUGAAAACAAUGAAGACGGUGGAUUGGGAAUGACCGCUUCGCUCGUUUCUUGCGCCAUUGUCAUGAUAUCCAACUUGUGCUUUUCUUUUCGUGGGCUCUUUCAGAAAUUGUUUCAAAAGAAAAGCAACCAAAGCUUUCUGAUGGACGAUUUGAAUCUACAAUACAGGAUGCAACAAAUGGGUGUCCUAGUAUUUGGAAUACCGGCUAUUCUAUGGGAAGGACGGUCAAUCUUGCAGCACAUCUAUCAAGUAUCAUUGCAUGUUGGAUUGAUGCAAAGUGGAGUCUUGGUCCAUUAUGUUGGAUUGGCAACAGUCAAUGCCAUGGCGUUUGCUAGCUACAACCUGGCUUCGACCUAUUUGCUGUCUCGCAUUUCGGUGGUACAACAUGCCGCACUAAACUGCAUCCGCCGUAUCUUUGCAAUUGUGAUCACCAGCAUUCUCUUUGCAAAUCACAUUACCAGAACGGGAGUUCUUGGUAUAUUGAUCAGCUUUGGUGGAUUCAUGUCCUUUACUCAUGCAAAGGCACAAAAGAAGCGCGGUGUUAGCACCAGCCUUUUACCGAUGACAAAGUCUCAUGCAUAG